AUGCCUUCAGAUUGUGUUGAACAACUGUUGUUCAAUGAUAUUGCACAUGUUACUAAACAAUUUCUAAGUAUACAUACAUCUGACCUGAUAGAUUGGAAUAAUGAAGAUAAAUGUAUUGUACCAUAUGUUCCAUUACACAUUAAUACAUCCAAUAUUUAUGAACAAAAUCAUUGUAAUCUUGUUGCACAUGUGAAUGCACCAGAUAACAAACAACCAAUAGAAAUGAAUAAUACAAUUAGUCCAUCAAAUAUUGUACAUAAUCAAACAUCGUUAAUAACAAGAUCACAAAUAAAAACUGUAACAACAACAACAACAACGAUAACGAACAAUUCAUCUGAGAAUAAACCAGAAUUAUUAAUCAGUGAUUUAGUUACUGCAAAAAUGUUACAAAAUUCCAAUAUAACAAAUCAAGAUAAUAGACAAUCAAUAAAUAAUGAAAUCACAUCAUUAUUAUCAUGUAAUAAACAAGCAUCAAAUUAUUUUCCUUUAGAUGUAGUAAAAGCAUUAAGUGAAAUUGAUAAUCGUUUAAAUGUGAUUGAUCAAGUUUCAGUUCAACUAGAACAAGAUCAUAAACGUAAUCAAGAACUUCUUGAAACAAUUAUUCAAAUGAAUAAAGAACAAAGCCAAGUUAAUCCAUCUAUUCAGUUAGAUGAACCAAACAAAAGUGAAGCAACUUCUCAACAACAAAAACUACAGUUACCUGAUGAAUUAAAUUUCAAAGGCGACCAGUUACAUAAUCAACUAAUUGAAAGUAAAAUUAAUCCUAAUGUCCAAAAUCAACGACAUGAUUGUACAAUUGUAAAACAACAAAUUAAAUCGUCUAAACCAAAUGAAAGAUCACAUUCAAACACUGGUCAUAAUACUGAUGAACGUGAAAAACUUAGAAAAGAAAGACGAGAAGUCUCAAUGACACGUCGUUGUGAUGAAGCUAAACAGUUUGUCAAUCAAAUUUUGUCAGAUAGUAUUUUACCAAAACAGUCAUCAACAUUGUUGGAUCAACCAAUCAUUCCAAAACAUUCAAAUACUCCAAUAAAAAGAGGUCGAAGUCAAACUCACAGUCGUGGUACAUUGAGAGAUCUAAAUCAACGUAAUUUUAAAAACAAUUACAUUAUUCCGUCCAGUCCAAAGCCGCCUACCCCUGUUCGCUUUCAUUAUAACGGAAGAAGUGGAGUUACAGCUAGAGGAGCACGUAACAUCUCAGGAACCAGAAGACAACAAACAAAAAUUGUACAAAAGUCAUCUGUAGUAAAUCAUCCACAUCCUGAUACACCAAAACAACUAACUUAUGAAGAUGACUUACAGACAACAAUUUUAAGCGACUGGUCCCUAGAAAGUAAUGUGAAAAGAAUACUCUAUGGAGAUGAAAAAGAUAGAUUUUGCAGUUCAUCUAGGCCACAAAGUGCCAGUGGGAUUUCUAAUUUUGAUCAGGAGUCACAAAUUCCACAAAGUCCACAUUCCAUGCCAGAAACCGAUCUCCUUACUGAAAUAGGUGGCGUUCCAAGCACCAGCUUUAUUGAUUGGGAUGAGAUCGAUGAACUGAUUGGUGAUUUAUAA